AUGUCAACUGAAAACAUAUUAUUGAUAUUACAGUCUGAAUCGCUAGUUGUAACAAAUAUCAAAAAGAAGACUGGUUUUGGGUUAAACGAUGGGAAAUUUAUGGUUAAAUCGGGAAUAGAGAAUGGAAUCGAUUAUUUAAUAUUAUUACUGAAACAAAAAAAGAAAGAAUUAGCAACACGUGCAGAAUCGAACGAGAAUGAAUAUGGAAGCGGAAAUACUUUAACAAGUUUAUUACUGGGUUUAUAUGAACAGGGUUAUACAAACGAUGAUGAGCAACCUUUCUUAUCUUUAAUAUUAAAGAAUAUCGCGCAAAAUAUGAAUCAAUCCGUUGAAUGUACAGUUAAAUGGUUUUUUUGUGCGUGA